AUGGAUCUGACAGAGUGGUACUCAGAAAUCCUGGCUGCUACGCCACCGCUGACCUCAACUGGCCACCCAGCCACGCCAACCCGACGAGACUUCAAGCGGGACUCCACGAGAGAAGACCGAGGGUCGACCAAGAAGGACCAGAGACGAGAGAGCAGUCACCGGGUGGACCAGAGCACCAGUCCGUUGAGGGACUCGUGCAAGCGCGACGCCAGAGCGGAGCAGCCGAGCCGGCAAGUGUACAUAGCAUCAUUCGACGAGGAAGGCGAGCAGACCCCCGGCUGGCGGCGCGUCGGGCCUGAGGGUCUCAUCAACCUGGAGAAGGUGUACCGGACCCAGGCAGUCAUGGACCACAUCGCCAGCUUCCAUCAGCAUCACUACGCGCUGGCACGCAACCACAUGCCUGUGUUUGGGGACUAUCUCAGAACAGCAUUGCUAGCGUGCGACGAGCCGGUCUUCGCUCAGUCCUCCACCAAGACCACGGGCUGUGACUUCGAGAACGAGGCUCUAUACGAGCUGGAGGGCGGAGGCUACUGCCCCGUGCAGCCGCUGCCGCAUGACCAUGGCGUCACCAUGUUCCCGCUGGCGGCGCAGGGGUCUGAUAGAAUAGACCGGCAUAUUCUUCAGAUCCUCCACCACGGCAGCGCGUGCGUGGUGUGUGAGGCCGAGUGGGGCGGCGCGGCGGCGCAGUUGCGGCUGGAGCGGGCAUGUGCCCUGCUCGCGUGGUGUCGGCCUGCUCAUCCUCAUCAUACACAUCAUGGUGACACACCUUCAGAUGGUAUACAGCAACCAGAAAUUAGUCUUUCAUACAAUCCGGAGGAGGUGAUACCUUUGAAGUACACGGCAAAUCUGGCGCAUGAAAACGAAGCUGGAAUUGUUGGGGAAGAAGGAUUCAUCGAUCUGCAAUGUGUGAAAGAUAUGCGGUUAGGUGGAAAACUCUUGGAUUCCAGAGAAAUUCAGGAGCUUUUAGCUUGCGCUAAGAAACACGGGCUGGAUGCCCAGGGACCAGAUGGCGCGAACAUCAUAUCUUUAGUAUACGGAAAUACGUUGAGUGAUAAUCGAACUGUACAUUUUAUGUUUCCCACUUAUUUGUAUAGGGUAUGGGCAGUAGGUUUACAUUCUGUAAUUAAAUCACUUAUAAGUCAAUCCAAGCUAGCGGACAGAAGUUUGGCGUGGCUGAAAAAUAAGUAUACUGCUUUGUAUUACGAAGAUGGGUGCUGCUGUGAACCAUUAGUCUCUGACGCAAUAAGGGUAUUCGGCGGACGAGAAUCGACUUGCGGCAGCUCAUCCCAUUCUACUCCAGUAAAAGGUGCCUUCGGAGACUCACAUUGUGACUCCAUAAGAAAUGCUGGAAUUAAGUUUAAGAAGAAUAAGUCAACAUCAGAGCUAAAAACCAGCUCACCGAGGAGCUACGGCUCAUCGCACACUUCCGGGACGAGGAGUGAGGAUGAAGUGGUUCAGGGCUCACCAAGACAUAGUUCAUACACAUCAACGAUGAGCCACCACCACCACCAGCACGCGUCGUGCGCGCCGCGACACAGCAGCCUCACGGCGGCCGCCACCAGCAUCAUGGGGGGGUCGCCUAAUAGGAGUAGUUUAAGAAGAUUAGAAACAAGUGAACGGUUUUGGGAGAAUUUAAAGCACCUACGGACGGGAUCCGUGGGAUACGAUACACAAUUAGAUUUUAUGGACUUCGUUGCCUUAUUUAGAAGCUUUAGUUUAGUGAUGCGGUCUGAGCUCCGAGACGUUUUCGAGCAAUUAGCAGUACCCCGGAACAAGUCUCCUCUACUCGGCUAUGAGAAGAGCAGAAGUUCUCCUGAACUGUUUAGGAGUAAAGCGGUGUUUAGGACAGGCCUACUAACAAGAAACGGAUCAUUAGAUUUGGAGCCACCGAGUGAUAAGGCGGCAAGGAAAAAGGCUUUCGACUUACUAGCUGCCGCAGCUUUACCUGGUGCCUGUCCAGAUGUGGGUGGGCGAGUAUUAUCAUUGCCGACGUUAGGCAAAUUCUGUGAAACAAGACAAAACGAGCCAAAGACUGAACAACAACUAAAAGACAUCAUACAGAGGCACGAGCCCGACCCGGCGUUGCGGGCGGAGGGGUGCUUGUCCUUUGAGGGCUUCGUGCGCUUCCUGACAGACAAAGACAACUAUGCUUUCGUGCCGGAGCAGCGGAGAGCUACUAACCAUAGUCGGAAAACCAACCCCAUCCUAGAAGACGAGGAGCUAUCAUCACAAACGACCAGUACGACCAGCGAUGCGGGCGGCCCCCUCAGCCAGUAUUACAUCGCGAGCAGCCAUAAUACCUACCUGACGGGACAUCAGCUGAAGGGCGAGUCUUCGGUCGAGCUGUAUAGUCAGGUGCUGCUGACAGGAUGCCGCUGCGUGGAGCUGGACUGCUGGGACGGGGACGACGGGAGCCCCGUCAUCUACCACGGACACACCUUCACCACCAAGAUACCCUUCCGCAGGGUCGUCGAGACCAUUGCCAGGAGUGCCUUCGUAGCGUCCCCCUACCCGCUGAUCCUAAGCAUCGAGAACCACUGCAGCCUGCCGCAGCAGCAGGUCAUGGCCAGCACGUUUGAGGCAGUGUUCGGAGACAAGCUGGUGACGUCGUUCCUGUUCGAGGCCGACUACACGGACGAGCCGCGCCUGCCCAGCCCCGAGCAGCUCAAGUAUAAGGUGCUGAUCAAGAACAAAAAGCUGCUGCCGCUGCAGUCCAGCCCGACGGUCGGCAUGACCGGCGCCAGCUCAGCGCAGGCGCACAGCGGGGCGCUGGCCACCGCCUUCAGAUCAAACGGCCUGCGCACCACGAGCUCAUCGCUACCGGAACAGAGCAACAGGAGUAGCUCGCUCAUGUCCAACCAAUCAGCGGGCAGCUCGCUGACUGAGUACUUCUCCGAUGAGGACUAUGAAGAGGAUGAUGAUGAGCUUGAUGAAAAAGAGCUCCACAAGAUCCUAAACUCGAUGGAAGAGAAGUGCGGGCGCACGUCUCUGUCACUCUACCAGAGUUUUCGCAGGGGUGACGGAGACAGCGAUAUAACCUUCAGCAGCAUGAAACAGUCAGCUGCGAGGAAGAGGAGCAACCAGAUCGCGAGGGAGCUGAGUGACAUGGUCACUUAUGUACAGGCAAUCAAGUUCCGAGGCCUGAGUCCGUUGUCUCCGCGCAGCUCGGUGAAGCAGGGCAGCAGCCACAAGGACACCGCGCCCUGCAGCAGCUUCGAGUCCUCUGAGAGCAGCGAUAGUGCUGGCACCCAACUGGCUCCAACCCACACAGCCAGCACCCUCGGCCGCUGCCUCACAGCCCCGGCUAUCCACCACCCCUGCUAUCGAUGUUCAUCCUUGAACGAAGCCUGUGCGAAGAAGAUCUGUCGGAAACACCCAUUGGCUGUGGUUGCCCAUACUGAGACGCAGUUAGUUAGGACGUAUCCUGCUGGGUUAAGAAUAGACUCGUCCAACUUCGACCCAGUGGUGUUCUGGUCGUGUGGCGUGCAGCUGGUGGCUCUCAACUACCAGACUGAGGACGCGGCUAUGGCGGUCAACGCGGCCAUGUUUGAGAGCAACGGCUGCGUCGGCUUUGUGAGGAAACCGCCGGUUAUGUGGGACUGCACGCAUAUCGCUUACAGACGGUUCAACCCAAUGGACAAGGAGUUCGACGGCAUCCACGCCUCACGACUGACUCUCUCCGUGAUAUCCGGACAGUACGUGGCCGAGCACGUCUACUCGUUCUACAACGCUUGGGUGGAAGUUGAGGUGCUUGGGGUGCCAGCUGACUGCGCUAAACAGAGGACCAGAGUGGCCAGGCGAAACGCAUUGAACCCUACUUGGAAUGAAACAUUCACUUUUAAGAUAAACUUCCCCGAGCUGGCGUUUGUCAAGUUCGAGGUGUACGACGCGGACACGAGCUACAUGCUGUCGCAGCGAGUGAUCCCGCUGCAGUGCCUGAGGCCGGGGUACCGCCAUGUCAGGCUGCGAUCACCAACAAACCAGCCUCUCAACAUGGCAUCACUUCUUAUAUUCUCUCGCUGCACGGAAGAGCUGGCCGGGGAAUCCUGUCGAGGGGACCUGGACCUCGGAGACAGCACCCAGCGGCGCAAGAUACACUUCCUAGUAGUGUAUGCCGUGUCGAGGCAUGAACCGUACUCCAUACUGAAGGUCACACAGGAUACUACUGCUAAUGAGGCCAUAGCCCAAUGCUUAACGAAAGCCGGCGUUUGCAGAUCUUCGCGAGGAUCCUAUGUCCUAGUCGAAGAGAAUUCAUCAAGAGCUCCAACUCACAGGGUGUUAGCGCCUCACGAGCGGGUCCUGCGCGUGUCGACGGCGCGCUCCGGCAGUCGCCUGCUGCUGAAGCGAGUCGGCGACGACCCCAGCAGCCGCGCCUGGCUCACCAGCAUCAGAUCAUCAAGCACCGAGCGUCUCCGAGCGGAGUCACCUUCAGACGAGGACACCGCCACCACCGCCACCUCCAGCUCACAGACCAAGGAGGAGGAGCGCCCGCCAGCCGACUCGUUCCUCGUCUGUGUGCAUAAUGUGUCGCCGCAGAUACCGUAUGCUAUACUGAAGGUUCCUCUAAGUGCCACGGCGUCGUUCGUCGUCUACCAAGCCUUGACUAAAGCGAGAUGUCAUGAUGAUCCUAAAAGGUUCGUGCUUGUGGAAGAGCUGGAGUGGGGUGGCCGCGCGGGCUCCGGACCACAACAGAGGGCCCUGGCUGAUGAUGAAGUGGUUUAUACCGCUCAGACACCUGAGGAGAAAUCAUUUAAGGAAUUAAUUGAUAUUGUGGGCAGCCAUCUUGAACCACAGCGGUCGGAUAUAGCCGAGCGGCACAUGUUCCGACACCGACGACAACGUAACGGCGAAUCGUUGAGCGAUUAUCUGCAGGCCUUGAAACAUCUAGCCAGCACCUGCAAUUUCAAGGACACGCUCGAAGAAAAUUUGCGAGAUCAGUUCGUGUCGGGGCUAGCCAGUGACGUCAUGCGAUCACAGCUGUUCGCAGUCACGGAACUAUCUUACAAAAGAGCUAUCGAGCUAGCCUUCGCUUUGGAGGCAGCGGAGCGGCAUGCGGUGGCGAGCGGCUCGGGCUGCACAGCGGCGGCGGCGGGUCAGGCUGGAGGCGCGGGUGGCGCGGCGGCGGCGGCCGGCGAGCCGCUGCACCGCGUGGCGGAGCGCGGAGGCAGCAGCCGCGGCGGCGGAGGCUCGGGCGGCGGCGCCCCCGGGGCCGGCUCGGCCCGGGGCAGGCGCAUGGCUGUGGGGCCCUCGCGCCCGUUGGACGCUCAUAGUAAGUGGAUCGAGGUACAAAAGAUGGAGGGGACCAACGCACAGUCAGUGGUGAACAAACUGCGCGAGCUGUUCGCUCGGUUCGGGCUGCCGACGCAGCUGGCUACCACUGGCGUACCUCCAGCCGUGUCCUUAUUAGGAAGAAGGUUGCGUAGUAGGCUGGACGCGCUGCGGCCCACGACGGCGGAGGUGGUGUGCGUGGCGCAGGAGCGCGCCGUGGAGCGCGGCGGCGGCCUGGAGCGCCAUCUGGAGGUGGGCGCGCGCGUGCUGGCGCGGGACUACCGGCCGCGCGCCUCGCGCUGGGCGCACGGCGAGGUCAUCGCCAGGCCCUCUCCGCGCACGUACCGAGUGCGCCUCGGUGAAGGAGGUGAGUGCACGCGGCACAUCGACCAACUGUUAUUGGAUAAGUCUUCCAACGAAAAAGAUUCUCAGCCGGGGCGACCUCUGUCUCCUAUGACCAGUAUUGAAGAGGAGUUUGUUGAUGCAAUUGGGUCAGCCGAUAAUAACGAAACGGCCAACUGGAAGACCCUGGGCCGCUUCGUGCUGCAAGAGGGGGGGUGCUCCGCCCCGCUGCCGCGGCACCGCGCCGCCAUCGCCCGGAUACAGCGCGGGCUCAGCAUCACCAGGCCUGUCAUCACUGGUACUGUAUACCUAUGA